CAGCGGGAGCGGCUGCCGCGCCAUGUGGCUGCUGGGGCCGCUGUGCCUGCUGCUGAGCAGCGCCGCGGAGAGCCAGCUGCUCCCCGGGAACAACUUCACCAAUGAGUGCAACAUUCCGGGCAACUUCAUGUGCGGCAACGGGCGGUGCAUCCCCGGGGCCUGGCAGUGUGAUGGGCUGCCCGACUGCUUUGACAAGAGUGACGAGAAGGAGUGCCCCAAGGCUAAGUCCAAAUGCGGCCCGACGUUCUUCCCUUGCGCCAGCGGCGUCCACUGCAUCAUCGGCCGCUUCCAGUGCAACGGGUUCGAGGACUGUCCCGACGGCAGCGACGAGGAGAACUGCACGGCCAACCCUCUGCUUUGCUCCACCGCCCGCUACCACUGCAAGAACGGCCUCUGCAUUGACAAGAGCUUCAUCUGCGAUGGGCAAAAUAACUGUCAAGACAACAGCGAUGAGGAGAGCUGUGAAAGCUCUCAAGAGCCAGGCAGCGGGCAGGUGUUCGUGACGUCGGAGAACCAGCUCGUGUACUACCCCAGCAUCACCUACGCCAUCAUCGGCAGCUCCGUCAUCUUCGUGCUGGUGGUGGCGCUGCUGGCCCUGGUCCUGCACCACCAGCGGAAGCGGAACAACCUCAUGACGCUGCCCGUGCACCGGCUGCAGCACCCCGUCCUUCUCUCCCGCCUGGUGGUCCUGGAUCACCCGCACCACUGCAACGUCACCUACAACGUCAACAACGGCAUCCAGUAUGUGGCCAGCCAGGCCGAGCAGAAUGCGUCGGAAGUGGGCUCCCCGCCCUCCUACUCAGAGGCCCUCCUGGACCAAAGACCCGCAUGGUACGACCUUCCUCCACCGCCCUACUCGUCCGACACCGAGUCUCUGAACCAAGCCGACCUGCCCCCUUACCGCUCGCGCUCCGGGAGCGCCGACAGCGCCGGCUCCCAGGCGGCCAGCAGCCUGCUGAGCACCGAAGACAGCGGCCAGGGCCCGGGCCAGGCCGGCUCCCCUCCUCCGGAGAGUGUCACGGGGCCCAGAGACUCCGUGCCCAGCCAGGACACUGCAGAAGUCUAAAUCCGGCGCUUCCAAAGUCCAUAUGGCUUCAUCUGCUCUGACUUGUUACCAUCCUGACAACGUCCUGUCGUGGGAAGCUCCUCAGGGUGCCUCAAGGAGGGAUUUGGGGUGUCAGCUGUCUCUCCAUUCCCCUUCCCACCCCACACACACACCCCCGCCCCAGAUUUCAGGGAUGUUCUUGCGAGGGAGACCUGACAUUUUUCUGGGCUCUCGGGUGACCGGAUGUAUUGUGCGUCUUGUCCGGGAGGUCACUUGGCCUUCAGGGCCUGGAAUCAUGACCUCACUUGUCCUGUCCUUCUUCUGUGACUGGUGGCCUCUUGCUGAAGAGGCAGCCUAAGUUUGCAGGCAGCAGGCUAAGGCAGUAUCUGAGGAGUCCUCGAGAACGCAGCGUUUCUGGGCCGCGUGGGAUGUUCAGAAGGGCAGGAGACACCGGACCAGGUCCUCCGGGGGCUGCUACCUUACAGCUCCAUUGGAGAUGGGGGUUGGGUGAUCCUCCCAGGAGGCCGGUAUGGACGGCCAGCCCGGAAAGAAUCCAGGGGAGCAUCAAAUCCCGCUCGCACUCUUGGGCACGCCGUUCUGAGUUCAGCGGAGCAGCGGCCAGAAAGAGGAGACGUUGGCCAAGAGAUACACCCUUUAGCCAUCAGCAGGGCCCUAUGGGUUCUCUGAAUGACUCGAAACCAUCUACUCUGAAGAGACCCGGGCUUUAAAAACUGGCCCGAGAACCCUCGUUUUGAGGGUUUUCUCUGGCAGCGUCUGUCCUCAGCCUCACCCCAGAAUAGGCAGGGAGACCUUGCCAUGUGUUCAUCCAAGUUCUCGGCUCCUAAAUUGUAGGCUCUCGAGAGCCUGGGCCUGCUUUGAUCCACAGUCCUUCCCUGGCUGCUGGACUGUCCCCCCUCCAGCUGUGACCUGCCCAGAGCCAAGGAAGGAGGACCCAGAUUGGUAUUGGCCAAAAAUCUGACCUGGUCCUCUGUCCCUGGAAACCACACGCAGCCUGUCUUGCCUAUUCACACAGCUUUCCACACCGGCUUCCCAGGUUAACUGAAGCCCCAGAAGUCGUUCUACCUGUGCAUUUGGACUUGAGGACACUGGUUCCUGACACUCUUGAGAACCAUAUUCAGUACCUCCCACCGGAGCUCCUGGCUCUGUGUGCUGCACACGCUUCCUUCCCGAGGCCCAGAAACCAGCGCCCUGAUUUAGCAUUAGGGUUCGGGUCAGAGUCAAGCUCAAGCUUCUUCUGACCUGCCGUAGUUUCUCUAAAAGACGUGGACAGUAGACAGUUUGGAGUCAAGAUUUGCCAUUCGGACUUUUUUUUUUUUAAUCUCUUAGAAAUGCAUUUGAAACAGUGUGUUUGUUUUUUCCCUUCUAGUUAAGGGAUUAUUUAUAUGUGUAUAGGAAAGCUGUCUUUGUCUGUUUUUCCUUGAGUGAGGUCCAAAGAAAGAUGCGAAAGGAGAUCACACUUGGGUCGCGCUGAGCCUUGUCACCAAGUCACUCCAGACUGACCUGGGUGCUGGCGCUUAUGUGUUGCUGCACUUUGAGUUGUUAUUUAUCGAGUUCUUGAAGGAUGCAGAAGGAGGGAUGCCUUUCUCCCUCGGUUCAUAGUCUCUGUGUUUAUGCUAGCUUUCCUUGUUCUCUGCGCCCAGCCAGAGGAAGAGGGCCCACGCCCUGGAGAAAUAGUGGGUGGAAAUCCGUGGCAAGAAGCCACACUGACGGUUGGGGAACAAAACUGGAAACAGGUGGAAACCCUCCAGGCGGCUGUCGCCCAUUCAGGACUUCCUUCCACAGCACAAAAAAUGUUCAGUGACCUCGUUGAUGCAAAUUUCAAUGAAGCCUGCCCAAGCGGGAGAACGAUGUGGCAUUUAAUGAUUCUGUUCUUGGGACCGUGGUUUUUUUUUUUUUUUGGUUUUUUUCUUGUUUUUUUUUUUUGUUAACCAAAUCCAAACUGUGUUCUAGGAAGGCUAGCCGCUUGGCGAUUUCUUUUUGUCUUUUUUAAGUUAAAGAAAAGGAGCCUAGUUGCUUGCGUCUUUCAUUUUUUAAAAUAACACUUGAGUUAUUUUCCUUAUAAUCCAAUAAAGAAAGAACUUUUGAUGGGAGCCGGAGUGUGCUAGGAACUCUGGCUGAGCAUUUCAUCUCCUCUGAGUCAGAAUGGCUUUCUUUCCUCUCCCUUUGAUGGGCCCGUGCUUCUUUCUGGUAUUUUGGAAGUUGUUUAGAGGAAGGGAUUCUAAUUUUAAUUAAUUACGCAGUGAAUCUCACUCGCUUUUCUGCUUCCAGGCAUCUUAGGAAAAACAAAUGGUCUUCGUAGAUAAGAAAGCCUAUUAACGUGUGUGUGUGUGUUUUUAAAUAAACACAGGGACAUUUUUAUUAUAGAUGUGAUUUUUUUAAUGAAUCUUUUUAAAAAUAUAAAUAGGACACCAAAGCUGCAGGGGUUUUUCCUGGUUUUUCCGCCCUGCUCGAGAUGGCAAGUAAGUGGCCAGCAAUAUUUUUUAACUCAUUCCAUCCAGGCUGUUUUUUUUUUAAAUACAUGGCCUAAGUCUACAGCAGCCAAAAAUCCAUCUCUCCUCGUUUUUCUCAGAGGAGACCAGCAAGCUCUUUUUAUUUUCUCGUUCAUAUUCAUAUCCCUGUAACCUUUAACUUACCUCCUGACUCAACACCCCCCUCCAAAAUUGGCUUUAAAAAAAAAAAAUGCAGCAAAGUGGUUGAUGAAUAGCGUGCGAUGUUCAAAGUUGAUGUAAACUGGAAAGUUUGUUGUGUGGUUCCUUUUCGUGUUUUGGUUAGGUUUUGGUUUGGGUUUUUGUUUUGUUUUUUAAAUUUUUAUACU